GGCUCGAAACCCCGCAAAUCUGAGCGAUCUGUCUGAUGGAGCCUUCUCCUUCAGAUAUGCCACACCUUGGGGGAGAGAAGUCCUACGUGUGUGAUGUGUGUGGAUACGCCAGCUCCAGGCUAGAUCAUCUUAAGAGUCACAUGCACAUUCACACAGGAGAGAAGCCAUUUGCGUGCGAUAUAUGUGAAUACAGGUGUAGUACCUCCAGUCAUCUCAAGACACACGUGCGCACUCACACAGCGGAAAAGCCGUAUGCGUGUGAUACAUGUGAACACAGAUAUACGAGCUUCCAUAAUCUUAAGCAACACAUGAGCACUCACACGGGAGAGAAACCGUUUGCAUGUGAGAGAUGUGAAUACAAGUGUACGGCCUCCGGUGAUCUCAAGAAACACAUGCGCACUCACACGGGAGAAAAGCCAUACAUGUGUGACAUAUGUGAACACAGAUAUACUACCCUGGGUAGUCUGAAGGUGCACAAGCGCACUCACACGGGAGAGAGGCCAUAUGCGUGCGAUAUAUGUGAAUACAGGUGUAGUACCUCCAGUCAUCUCAAGGAACAUAUGCGCACUCACACGGAAGAGAGGCUAUAUGCGUGCGAUAUAUGUGAAUGCAGAUAUAAGUCCUCCAGUGAACUCACGCGACACAUGCGCAGUCACAUGGUAGAGAGGCCAUUUCCAUGUGACAAAUGUGAAUACAAGGGUAAGACCUUUAGUGAUCUCAAGAAACACAUGCGCACUCACACGGGAGAAAAGCCAUACAUGUGUGAUAUAUGUGGACACAGAUAUGCUACCCUCGGUAGUCUGAAGGUGCACAUGCGCACUCACACGGGAGAGAGGCCAUAUGCGUGCGAUAUAUGUGAAUGCAGAUAUAAGUCGUCCAGUGAACUCACGCGACACAUGCGCAGUCACAUGGUAGCGAGGCCAUUUCCAUGUGACAAAUGUGAAUACAAGGGUAAGACCUUCAGUGAUCUCAAGAAACACAUGCGCACUCACACAGGAAAAGCCGUACUUGUGCGAUAUAUGUGAACACAGAUAUACGAGCUUCGAAAAUCUUAAGCAACACGUGCACUCAUACAGGAGAGAAACCGUUUGCAUGUGACAAGUGUGAAUGCAAGUUUACUGCCCGCAGUUCACUAGACACCAGCGCACUCACAAAAAAACGAGCGCGUGAUACACGCAUCUACGCAGGGCAAAUACAUAAACCAGGACUUGCAUAUAUAUCAAGAGCUCAUAAUAGAGAAGAGUAUGACAC